AAAAUUUAAUUUAUAAUGACUUUUAAAUAAAAUUUUAGAUGAGAAUUCGAAAGGUUUUAUAUGGCCUGAUGCAGCGGUAUUUUUACUUAUCGAAUUGUACAGAGAAAAAGAACUCGAAUUUAAUACUGGGAUGAAAAGACAUAAUGCUAUUUGGGGGGAGAUUGCUACCCAAAUGAAAGAAGCUGACAAGAAAUAUAUAGUUACUGGACUUCAGUGUUCUACAAAAUUUGCUGGUUUAAAACGAACAUAUAAAAAUAUAUAUGAACAAAAUAAAAAGAGUGGCAAUUCCCACAGUAGUUGGGCUUUUUAUUCAGUAAUGGAUUCAUUAAUUGGUGAAAAGGCUUACAUUAAACCUCCAGCUGAAGCAUCCAGCGAAGGUCCAGCACCACCGAAAGCAGAAGAACCAUUUACAUCAGGAUCUUCAUCUCCUCUUUCUUCAGAGAAUUUACGAAGUGCCCCUAAAAAAAGACGAGUUGAAAGUAUAUUAGAAAAUUACAUCGACGAAAUGAAACAUGAAAAGGAAAAUUUAAAACACCAGCGAGACGAAGAAAGGAAGACGAGAGAAGAAGAAAGAAAAACUAUAGCCAAUAAGAAAUAA